AUGUCUUCAUCAAUCAAGACCAGAUGCCUUAUAAUCUCCGAUACUCACGGACUAAGAUUUAAGGGUGGAGCCGAACCUCUCGAACGAGCUGAUAUUGCCAUUCACUGCGGUGAUCUUACAGAUGAUUCCAAGUUACACGGCUUCAAAGAGACCAUCCAACUCCUCAAGGGUAUCGAUGCUCCUAUCAAGAUCAUAAUUGCUGGGAAUCACGACUUUUCUCUGGAUGAUUCGGCGUUCAAAGAAAAGAUUUCGGAGGCUAACAGGCUGGCGCAAGAGGACCUCAAUCAAGACAUCAAGAACGAAUAUGGCGACUACGGCGAUGCCAAAAGGCUCCUUUUGGAGGCGAGGGAUCAUGGUAUAAUAUUUCUCGAAGAAGGAUCCCAUCAGAUCACCUUACAAAAUGGCGCUCUCCUCAGACUUUACACCAGCCCAUAUACACCUUCAACUGGUGAUAGUAGCGAUUGGGGCUUCCAGUAUAAUGGAGCACAUGAUUUUGACAUCGAAAAGGGGACCGAUAUUGUUAUAACACACGGUCCGCCACACGGUAUCCUGGACCUGACUGGAGGAAGAAGGAAGCGAGUUGGAUGUCCUCAACUCUUCAGGGCCAUUGCAAGAGCACAACCCCGGCUACAUUGCUUUGGGCAUGUUCAUAAUAGCUGGGGCGCAAAGCUGGUCUCUUGGAGACCCCAGAUCUCGGAGAACCCUUCACAUUUUACCGACAUUGACCACGAGAAGUCGUCAGUCAUAGAAAGUCUAUCACGUCUGAAAGGCUCCAAAUUCGAGUCGCCACAAGAAAAGAAAGCUCGAGAGGACAGUAUAAAGCGCUAUAAUUCCCAGCGAUGCUGUAUUUCUAGUCAUUGUGGCCAAGAUGAGAAGCCUUUGGGACCAGGAGAGACUCUAUUUGUCAAUGCCGCACUCAUGGGAGAUGAUGGGCUAAGCCAUCACCCAUGGCUUAUUGACAUAGAACUCGAAGGAAAGGAACAAGACCGGAAAAGAAAGGCCGAUCCGGUUUUGGUCCCGAAGCAGGAAGUUAAGAGAUCGAAGUCUACCUAG